CAGAUGUAUGCUUGUGUUGGCCAAGAAGUCUAUGAGCUCGAUCUUGGUUAUCCGAAUCGAGACAUGAUGAAUUGUCUUUUAAAAGGAGAUUCUGCUGUGGAUGCUUGGACAACAUAUCAGUCAUAUAAGUAUGCUGUUAUUUUUAAACUGCCUGGAUGACAUAUUUGGCAGUCAAAGUCAAUAAUUCUCUGCUCAGUAUGUUUUUGUCAUCAUGUGGAAAGGGCAAUGUUUACCAGGUUUAUUGGAUGAUGAUAGGGAGUACAUCAAUGCAAUUAGGGAGGCUUCAGUUUGGGCUUCGGGAGUUCAGUUGAGAAGGAUGUUUGUCACUAUGCUACUUUGCUCAUGCUUGAGUCGGCCGGAUUUUGUAUGGAGUAAUACUUCUGAGAUAUUGUCUGAAGAUUUAUUAUACAUCCCACGAAAUGAUCCAACCUUGUCAGAUAUUAAUGUGCCACUGGUUGCAAAGGAAGAAGCUGCACUUCGUGAGAUUGAUUCACUUCUUCAUAGUAAUGGCAAGUCAUUGCAAGAUUUUUCGUCACUUCCAUUGAAUUAA